AAAGUUUUUUCUCCUAGUCAUUUAGCGAUCAUAAAUCUACAUAAAUACAGAUCGCGAUAAAAUUUAGCGUGCGUUCCAGUCUAUCCACAUUCGUCGUCAUACAGACCCUGCGAGCGAUCGUCGAAGGACGCGCGAAUGGACGUUCCUUGGCGAUGGACCUUAAGGACAGCAGCGACGAGGAAGAGGAGACACGAGGUGUUCCAACGUUCGGUAAAUUCGACGAAACCAUUGUGGUGCGAAACGCGGAAGAAAUCAAAAGUCCGGUGCGCAACAGACCCGCAAGCUCCAGAAAACCUAGAAAGACGACUCUGACGAGUGACAGUUCGAACACUUUGGAGUCUAACUCGCCGCAUCGCAGGCAGCAUGAAUUUCGAAGGUAUUCGGGCAAUGAGAUCGGUAUCGAGAAGUCGCUCGGACUCGGCAGCGAUCCGUCUGACAGCGAGGAGAGCGACGACGAUGACAUACAGGGUAGCAGCGUCGCGAAGGCAAUCGACUUGUACGACCCCAAGGAUUUCGAGAAUCUGGAGGUCUCGAUGGAGGUGAAGGAACUGUUUCAGAACAUAAUGAGAUAUACACCGCAAAGAAUCGAGCUCAACUACAAGCUGAUACCAUUCAUUCCCGAUUACAUACCGGCAGUCGGCGAUAUAGACGCCUUCAUAAAGGUGCCGAGACCAGACGGCAUCGAGGACAAGAUUGGCCUGACCGUGUUAGACGAGCCCUGCACCGAUCAGUCCGAUCCAGCGGUCCUGCACCUGCAACUGCGCAGUCAGUCGAGAAGUGCCGUUGCCGCGGCUCGACAAGCGGUCGUCAAGAGGAUCGAAGAUGCCGAGAGGAACGGCAAGUCGAUCGACAAGUGGAUCGACGACAUGAAUCAGCUGCAUCGGAGUAAACAUCCGCCAGCCGUGCAGCUGAGCCAGCCGAUGCCGGACAUCGAUGGUCUGAUGCAGCAGUGGCCGCCGCAAGUCGAGGACAAGCUUAACGAGCUGCAACUCGACUUGUCGAGGCUCGACUGCGACCUUCCGCAGCUGGUCGAUACAGUAUGCAAUCUCCUGGACAUUCCGACCCGUGAAAAUGCUCGAUUGGAGGCCCUGCACACGCUGUUCACCUUGUAUUUGGAAAUCCGAGACGCCGAGAGCCGGAACUUUAGUUAAUCACAGCGAUGCUUUUUGUAUAUUGCCCUGGCCUGUAUAACAUUUAAUUUUGUUAUACACGGAAGAUGUUUCCUAUUUGCGCUGUAUUUAUAUUUCUUGAAUUUUAUGUCUGUAAUUUAAUUGAUAUGUAAAUAUAAAUUACCAUCUCAUUACGAUAUUGGAUCAAUGAGUUUAAAAUUUGAAACAUAAUUACAGUAUUA